ACCGAACAGUUCUGUACUCGGGCGGGGUGGGACGGGUCGGUGGGCACGGCGCACUGUACGGUAGGCACUGUACAUGUACAUCAGAGAAAAAAAUAAUAAUAAUAGGCAGUGCGCGGGACUAGAACAGCAGCGGAUCGCUGGGUCCACAAUAGCCGCCAUACGAUAGUCGUCCACUUACUGCCGGGGAACCGAGCGACCAUCAUGCCGUCCGCCGGCCGUAUCACGACCGUUGUGAUCGCAGCAUCGUCGUCGCAUCGUCACCGUCGUCGGGUCCACAGCACCACGUUUUCUAGCCGCAGGCAACGCGAGACACCGUCCGUCCACAGAUCGAGUCGCGGCCGUCUGUGAUCGCGCGCGCACGCACCACAGCCGUCGGCUUCGUUCUCGUCCCGUGUCCGGCCGUUGUCGCGCGAAAUAUCGUUUUCGAAUUCGCCAGCGGCCCACGCACGCGUAAGUAACACGGUGUGCAUUCUGCUCGCCCGCGCAGGUACACAUUAGAAUCGUCCACGCGCGUAUGGUGUGCGAUUGCAAUCGGGGUGUAAUAAAUGUUGUCGCUGUAUGGUUUUGUUUCAAUACGUAACUGAUAAUAUUACUGUGUCAUGACUCCGACACAAGUAGGAGAAGUCAAAAAUGCUGCCACCGAAGGACUACCCCCAAAGUUUGUUUUGUCUAUGAGAACGCUGUUCGACAUAUUGGACGACAAGAGGACCGGUUAUGUUAAAUUCGCAGAGAUUGAAACGCGAUGGCAAGAUGAUGGCACCAAAGGUUUACCAAAAGGAGUAUUGGAUAGCCUUCGAAAGGUAACGCCACCAAAUGGAUUGUUAUCUUUUGACCGCUUUUGUACUGGUUUAAAAAUGUGUCUGCUUCGAAAUCAAAUGGAAAACGGUCGUCGGGAUAAUGAUUCUGUACGACCUCCUUCUGCUCCACUUUUGGACGUUGACAUCAAACCCAACGUGCAGUGGACAAAUGGUAAUAUGGCUGCCAUUCGUCCUACUCAGCAAAGAACAUUAAGUAUGCCACAAUUAGCUCUGGAGCGCAAUAAUAAAGAUAUACACCAGUUACCUCAAAAAUCAACUUCAUCAUCACUUUUUGGACCACCCAAACCUCCAAGAACUGCAGCAGGCUUAGAGCGUGGUUUACAGCUUGCCUCUGGUGAACGCACAAUCGACAAAGCAGAAAUACGAACAGCUUUGCAAAAUUGGCAGUUGGGAGUAUUAUUAAAUGAUCAAAGUAGUUCUAGAAGUGAAAAACAAUCGGGUGAACAAACAUACAAAAGAAUUAAUCAACGAAGAAGGGAACCGAGACGUCAUACUCUCCAGAGUGGUGUUGAUUACAAUAUGCUUAAAAGAAUAAAACAAGUUGAACAAGAAAAAGAAGUCCUUAUGCAUGGUCUUCAAGCUGUUGAAAGAGCAAGAGAUUGGUACCAUAAACAAAUAGCCGCAGUACAAGAAAAAAUGAAAUACCUUGGACGUACAAAUUCACACACUCAAGAUCAAUGGACUGAAGCACAGCAAGAACGUAUUGAAUUACAGCGGGCUCGAGUCUUAGAAGUCAAUAGACAUUUAUCUGCAUUGACAGAUGGUGGUGAAAGAUGGGGUGGUCUACCAUUGCAUAUGAACUUGGCUGUACAUUCAUCAAAUAAUCCUGGAACAAUGUUAAAUCAAAAUCCUCAAGUGAUGGCUACGUUAAAGCAUCGAAACCAUAUUCUUACUGAAGAAUUAGGACAGAAGAGUGAAAGGAUAUCAAUGUUAGAGAGAGAAAAAGCCACUCUUAUCAGGGAGUUAUUUCAAACACGAACCCAAAUGGGACGUAAAUGAUUAGAUAGUAAACCUGAUGGUCAAUCAUACAUGCUUUAAAAUCAGGAAUCUAUUACCAAGUGCAAUAAAGUAUUAGACUACAAGGAAAUCGGUGCUUGAAUAGAACACAAGUAAGAAAAAAAUACCAUUAUUUUCGAGCUCAAUUUAAGACAUAUAGAAUAAGUAGUUACUAAUGCUGUUUCUGAUGACUAGGAGUUAGAUUUUAAAAUAAAUGAUUUUUCAAUUUUAUCAGAAUAUACAUUUCUGCAUUUCAGCACUGAUAUGCAUUUAAUUUCAAUUACAAUAAAUAAAUA